AUGAGUAUUUUAAGAAAGAGAUUAAACGAGUUCGAUGAUAUUUUAGCCGCUGAGGAAAUAGAUCUCAUCAGUCUCAAACGAUUAUGCUUCCAUGGAAUACCAGAUGAAGGUGGCUUGAGACCAUUAUGUUGGAAACUUUUAUUGAAUUAUUUACCUCCAACAAGAGCCAGUUGGUCUGAGACACUUACACGUAAAAGAACUCUUUAUAAAACCUUUAUUGAGGAUCUCAUUGUCACACCAGGCGAAGCAAAUAGUGAUGGUGAAAGAAUGGAUGUUACACUUCAUGAUCACCCUUUAAAUUUAAAUCCUGAUAGCAAAUGGCAAACUUACUUUAAGGACAAUGAAGUUCUUCUUCAAAUAGAUAAAGAUGUUAGGAGACUAUGUCCAGAUAUAUCAUUUUUUCAACAAGGCACAGAUUAUCCCUGUAAAGAGAUUGUAGAUGCUUGUGGACAGAAACGUUUACAUCAUAGAGUACAGCAUACAGUUUUAAGAAGUGCAAAUGUGGAGAGGAAAGGACUUGGUGUUACCAAGAUAGCAGUUUCCAUUAGGAAAGCUACAGAAGAUUAUGCACCACUUGCAGAAGGUGGAGAGGCACAUUGGGAGGUUCUCGAAAGAAUACUUUUUCUUUAUGCUAAAUUAAAUCCAGGUCAAGGCUAUGUGCAAGGCAUGAAUGAAAUUGUUGGUCCUAUUUAUCAUGCAUUUGCAUGUGAUCCUGAUCAAAAAUGGAGGGAACAUGCAGAAGCAGAUACUUUUUUCUGCUUCACCAAUCUGAUGAGCGAAAUUCGUGAUUUCUUUAUAAAAUCGUUAGAUGAAGCUGAAUUUGGUAUUAACUCAAUGAUGGGCAAGCUCACAAAUCAAGUUAAGGCUAAUGAUCCUGAAAUUUGGAUGCGCCUACAUCAACAAGAAUUAUGCCCACAAUAUUAUAGUUUCAGAUGGCUGACACUUCUCCUCUCACAAGAAUUCCCGUUACCGGAUGUGAUGAGAAUUUGGGAUUCUCUCUUUGCCGAUGACAACAGAUUCAGCUUCUUGAUACACAUUUGCUGUGCCAUGAUUUUGCUCUUAAGGGACCAAUUACUUGCUGGCGAUUUUGCUACAAACGUUAAACUUUUACAAAAUUUUCCUUCAAUGGACAUACAGAUAGUACUUUGUAGGGCAGCUGCGUUGGCAGGCAAAAGUUUUAAUUCAUCAUAACGUGUUACUCUGCACGUGUAGCUCCAUGCAGAACUGAGAGAACGUAAACAAACCGUCUGGCAUGGAGCGUUUGUACGUCCUCCAAAGGUAUAUAUCCUUGAUGCCGUUAUUUUCUUGUUUCCUUCUUUUUGUUCUCUCUUUCUACAAUGUAAAUUAUGAUUUUACACAUAGGCCUGAGCAUUCUUCCGCGAACAACUUAACAGAACUAAAAAUAGUUCGCUCUAGAAAUAUAUGAUACGUAUAUCAAUAUA